GCACACACAUACACACCACAAAUAUAAAGGUAGACCCAAGUUACUAUAACCAUUGUUCAGUCUAUGACACGCUGUUCAGUGAAAUGAUGUUGACAGCAGUCAUUGCCGUGGUCGUCGCUUGGUCUUGUCGCUCAUUGGCGGCCACCCAAUGUCCCCACGGGUGGAUUGCUUACCAGUCGUCAUGUUACGGUUUUGGCAGUGAUAAUGUCACGUGGGCAGAGGCUCAGAUGUUUUGUAUGCUGUUCGGCAGCAAUCUGGCAGAGAUCGAGACCCCCGAGGAAAACGAAUUUUUGAAGAGUAUCGCGAGAAAUAGAAACUACGCCUCUAUGUGGCUGGGAGGCACUGACGUGUUCUCAGAAGGCUUCUGGAUCUGGGCCGGAAGUAAGCAGCCUCUCGGGUUUGUGGACUGGCACACUGGAGAACCCAGCAACAGCAGGCCCGGGGAGGACUGCCUGAUGCUGUACAAGUCUGUCAACUACCAGUGGAAUGACGGACCUUGCAACACCGCCACAAAAUUUGUCUGUGAAACCAGUGUCGAGGAAGAAAUCGUUGGAUAAAGCAUCACACCAGCAGCUGAUGAGUAUUUGUCGGUACAUUACUCUAAGCUUUUAUCUUCGAAAUUUUAAUCCAACAGUUCUGUACCCAAACGUAUGACAGCUUACAAAGUAGGUAAAUACACUGCAAGUAAUGUCUUUGUAAUUAAUUUUCAAGUAAUGAGUCAGCGAGUGAAUAAAUGAGGAGUUUACUGUGAAUCAUAGGUUUCCGAGUGAGCUCCUAAGAUAAGGAAUA